AAAACUCCCUAUGGUGUAGUGGACCGAGGGGUGCUGUGCUGUAACCAGACCUUGCACCGUGGGGUGGAGGAUGGGCACCGGUGCUCCCCAGGUGGCCACUUGUAUCUGCCAUCCCGUGAAAUGGUGUGUGGGUCACGUGUUCAUCUCGAUGAUCCAGACAAACACUGCUGUGGAGAGGAGACAUACGACCCUCAGAAUGAAAUCUGCUGCAACGGACUCAAACACAGCAGGAGGGGGAACAUGUCCUGCUGUGGAGGGAAGGCUUAUGAUCCCAGCGGUGGCAAGGUGAAGUGCUGUGCAGGGACUCUGUACAACCUGCAGGUCUCAGAGGAGAGCCAUUGCUGUGGGAGUGUCCUGAUGGAGGCCGGCUCCACCCAGACCUGCUGCUCUGCCCCAGGGCUAGACCUGCUCUACCCUACCCAGCCAGGGUUCACCUGCUGUGGGCACCGCUACCCCAACUCCUCCCUGUGGUCUUGCUGCGCGGGGGUCCUGCACCCAAGGCCUGAACCACACACCACCAGCAAGAACAUGAUUCCAGGACCUAGGCUUCUACCACUGGAGGAUUUGAAGACGGAAGAUCUGUGUCACACCAGAGUUCUGCUAGGGACAGUGGAAAGUGUGUCUGUGAAGAUGAACGAGCGGUCCAUCGUGAUGGUGAACACCAUGUCCAUGCAGGCCUCGCGUGGCCAUGUCAGCGCCCUGCCUUCCCCUCUCUACCUCACAAUACCCGACCACUGCAGCUCCCCUGAACUGUUGCCUAAACAACUUCUCCCAUACGCUUUUUUCCCCUUCUACACUUGUGUUUGUCAAUGUUUUUCAAGAUACACAGUUCACCAUUUGUUUGGGUUCACAUAUAAUGAGACUGUCCCUGUGUUGUUACUGCUGAAUGCCAACCUCUCACUAACCCCCCAUGUCCCUUCUCUCUCUCUCUCUCCUCAGGAUGAAUUCGAUAAGCUCUGUCACUUCUGCUAUUCGCGCACCGAUUCCCUCCUCCUCAGUGUGGUCAGCCCUGCCUUCGUCCAGAACGUCUGGGAGAAGUGGGUCCCCGAGAUCCGCCGCCGCUGCCCACUCGCGCCCAUGCUGCUGGUGGGAACCCAGUGUGACCUGCGCAAGCACGUCAAGGUGCUGAUCGAGCUGGCCUGCCGGAGGGAGUGGCCCGUGGCCAAGGUGGACGCCCACUCCCUGGCGGACAAAGUGGGCGCCGUGGCGUACCUGGAGUGCUCGGCGCACAGCCAGAAGAACCUGAAGGAGGUGUUUGACGCGGCCAUCGCCGUGGGGAUGAAGCAUGCCAAUAGGAGGGCGCGGCGGGGACUCUUCAGAUCCUCCGAUGUCCUGGAAUGCGACAAGUCAAUGAUGUGUUUUGGGAUGACGGCCCCAUCCACAACAGAGGGCAAAGUCCUCCUGGUAAUCUACGGCCUGCUGGGCUGCUCUGCCACCAUUCUCUUCUUCAACCUUUUCCAGGAUAGGGUCAUCACCAUUUUUGGGUUUCCUCAUGCGAUGGUGUCUGGCUUCAGAACACUCUGA